UUGUGUGGAUGUGACGUAACCCAGGCAACGGAACACUUCAGCCGACCACUGUCAUCGGUGACGCAUAGAGCGUAACGCAAGGAAACGGCCUGCCAGGUAGACGGCUACCUGGCUGCAUUUAUCGAAAGCGCUGCACAUCGCCUACUGUUGCGCAUUAUACAGAGCUUAUAUAAUGGAGGACUGCUCAUUUAGGCCGUCCACGGACAGCCUCGACGACCCCCCGAACAGUCGUUUGUUCCUGGUGAUAAGCAAAUCCAUCUCGGAAGAUGUGAUCCGGGAGCAUUUUUCCGUUUUCGGGGAAAUCCAGGACAUCUGGAUGGUCAAAGACAAACAGACAAAAGAGUCUAAGGGAGUCUCGUUUGUUAAGUUUGCCAAAUCCUCGCAGGCGUGCACAGCGAUGGAAGAAAUGCACGGAAAAUGCCUAGCAGAAGGAACCAAACCCAUUAAGGUGUUCAUGGCACAGUCACGGUCCUCGGGCAGCCACCGAGAUGUGGAGGACGAAGAGCUGACCAGAAUAUUUGUCAUGAUUCCCAAGACUUUUACGGAAGACGAUUUGAAAGAAACUUUCAAGGAGUAUGGAGACAUAGAAUACUGCAUCAUCAUUAAGAACAAAACUACUGGGGAGAGUAAAGGAUUGGGCUAUGUGAGGUAUCACAAGCCAUCUCAAGCAGCUACUGCCAUAGAGAACUGUGACAAAACAUUCAGGGCCAUUCUUGCUGAACCCAGAACCAAAAACUCGUCUACAGAUAACGACUACUUCAACAACGCCAGAUCAGACCAUGUGACUGGUGACCCUGGAAUGAGUGCCUAUCCCUUCGCUGAUGGCAGUAAUUACCCAAUGGGAGACGGCCGCGGCAAUGACAUCAUCACCAGGUGCCUGAUGGUGUCAUCAAGAGCGAGUGUCACCCAAGAGCAGAUUUACGGUCUCUUUGACCUGAUCCCUGGGAUGGAUUACUGUGAAAUGCAGAGAGAUCCCUAUGGAUUUAACAAAGGGCAAGCCAUGAUCCGUUACAACAAUCUGGGCUCAGCUGUGUACGCUAAAGAGAAGCUAAAUGGGUUUGAGUAUCCUCCUGGAAACCGGCUUGUUGUGACGUACAUAGACGAUGGGGAGGACCGCUCCAGCCCGGUGGGGAAGAUGGCCAUGCAGCUGGUGGCUGCCCAGAUGAUGUCGAUGGUGUGGAACGGACCCUCGGGGCCUCAGCUCAUGAAGACGAGUGCUGGCUUCGCAGCUCCCACUGUUCCCCAGCCUCCCCGGGUCCAGACGGACGUGGUGCUGCCGCCCUUGAAGAAGCUGGCGCCCUCUGACAGCUGGGUGAAGGAGCGCCUCUUCGUGGUCUUCAACCCCGCGCCUCUGCCGGUGGACGUGCUCGAGGAUGUCUUUUGUCGCUUUGGGUCGCUGGUGGAAGUGUACCUGGUGCCGGGCCGGAACGUGGGCUACAUGAAGUACGCCGAGAGGAAGAAUGCCAAUGACGCCAUGGCGGCAUUGCACGGAAAGGUGAUCAACGGCGUGAAGCUGAAGGUGAUGCUGGCCGACCCCCCCAAGGAGGAGUCCCACAAGCGGCAGAGGACGUACUAGCUCCUCCCCCACAGAGCGACUCGAGAUUUAAGUGACAUGACCUUCAACAUGACUGGACAUAGAAAGGAUGACACAAGCACAUAGCUACGGACAGUGACUGCUGGACCUUUUUUGUGACUGGGAAUACUAGCUGUGUAAGCGGUCAUGGUGUUUCUGGGGUUUUAUUUCCUCUUCCAGCAUCUUGGAACCAGUAACUUAACAUCAAUGUUCGAGUGAACAUGAAU